AUCACACAACAAAUUAUUUAUUUCAUUUUUGCAAUACAAUCAAUGCAGUUCUCUUUUAUUAUUAUUAUUUUUUUAAUAAUUUAACAUUUUUUUGUUGUACCUAAAAUUAAAUUUUCAACAGAUUUCAAGCUUCUGAUAUUGACAAUUCAAAAUGCCAUUUGAUUUAGAUAUUGAGAAUCCAGAGAAACUUCCACUGCCAGAACUAAUAUUCCAUGUAAAAGAUAACGGAGUCAAAUUGGCUGUUCCUGCACUUAGUAAAAAAUGGAUCGACGAACAGAGACAUAUCAAAUAUUUGCCGCUGAAAACGAUGAAUAUGGAUGAAGAGUUUACGGACAAAUGGAUGAAAAUCGCCAGAUGGUUGAACAAUACUCUGGAAACACUGCUUGAAAUGGAACAUUAUCGGUUCUGGUCGAAUUUGGUGUUUGAACCGGAUUAUAUAGCAACAAUUGUAUCGUUUCUACAAGAGGCUGUGCCCGCCUACGUGCCCAUUACUUCACUCACAUCUAACCAGCAAAUCAUCGAUUUAUACGCAAAAAUGGCAAACAACGUGCUAACCAUUCUGUGCCGAAUGAUCACCAACAAAGAGUCAGAGACUGAAUGGAUGACUAAGGAACAAUUGGCUGACAUUUUGUACGAUAAGUUUUUAAUAACAGUGCCAAUGAUUUUCGACUUACUCGUUAUAUACGGUCAAGAUAAUGCAAAUAUUUUGCGUCGCGUGAUUGAGACAAUUUUAAAAAUUCAGCCUAAAUACCGAAAUGAUUUAAAAGACGGUUUAAAUUUCCUGGCCACCACAUUUAAUACCAUUCAAGAAAAGGUGAAUGAAAACAAUCCCGAUACGUACGAAGAUUUAGUGAUGUACAUUUUGGACUGUUCCUACACAAUUCAUACAUUGAUCGCUGUUCUGCCCGAAACUUUUGAAAUUUGUCGUGAUGUUCAAAUGGAACAGAAAGUCACACGGUUCUAUGAUGAAGCAAUACCAUUUCUACACAAAAAUAUUACAUACAUUAAUCCCAAUUUUCUGAAAGAACUCAAUCGUGCACGAUUGUUUUUGAUCAAAUUCUUUCGCUGCUUCGUUGAUAAAUAUUUACAGGAAGUGCUGCAGGAACCUUCCAAGAAAGAAGCGUCAGGCGAUAAUUUGAUGAAUUUACUUCAAAUCGCAUUGUCCGAUCAAAAUUUCGUAUUGGAUUAUCAACGCUUGCACCCCGUCGCCGAUGAUAUCGAUAUUAUAACGCAAGCUAUUCCAAAAAUAGAUAAAAUGAAAAUCGACUUUGUUGUGCAAGCUUAUACCUCGGGUAAAGUGACAUCAUUGAUAAAAUCAGACAAAGAUGCGGCCAAUGCUUCAACAAGUUCAAGUGGCAGGCAGAGUGCAUCGACGUCGUCAAAAUCAAAGGCAGUAGGUCCCAGUGAAAUAGAAAUUCAGAAUAUUUUGGAUGUGUUGCCACAUUUGGAAGUUCCAUUUGUUCGAAAACUUUUGGCGCGUUACGAAAAUACUGAGUCUGCGAUAGCUGCUGUGCUUGAAGGUAAUCUGCCGCCUGAUUUGGACGAAUCAAUUCAAGUGGAUUCACCAAUGGGCGAACAAAAGGCGUCAGAACCAAUCAAACAAAUCACCGAAAUGGUUGACCAAAAUUUGAGCUUGAAUAAUCGUGAAAUUGUAAAUGUUAAAAUAAAAUCGCAAAUCGUCCGACCAAAAGCAGAGAAAAGAUUCUUGGACGAUAAAAGUGCGAUUAAAGAGUUUCAUGCGAGAAAUAUCGAACAUGGUUAUGUUGAUAUGGCUGAUGAGUAUGAUGAUGAAUAUGAUGACAGCUACGAGGCUGUGGUUGAGAGUGAGUCCAAAGUGAGGACUAUUCUUAAAAAUACCGGUGCAAUCAACGAAAUGGUCGAUGAAGUUGAUGAUAGUGAGUCUGAAAAUGAUGAUGGGAAUGCUGGCGAUCAAAGAGACAGAAGCAGAGACUUUUGUGAAAAUCCAGAGGCGAUACGUGAAAGAUGGGCACGUAACAGAGAGGCCAAAUAUGGAAACAAACGACAACCACCGAGACCUGCUGGAAACGUUGUUGGCAAUGCCAAAGGUCAAGGUCAAGAAAAGAGUACUUUGAUCAAUCGUGAGCGGAAAAACGAAAACAAAUCCAGCCGAGCAAACCAUAACCGACGUCAAGGUGCAGCUUUCAAACGUAGUCGAGGAAUGAUCCCAUCAUAAUUCAUAAAUUGCUCAAAGAAAUUAAAAUAAAAGUCUUUUUUUAGGAAAAGAAAGAAAAUAAAACGCAAUCAAUUCUUAAAU